AUGUUCUACAGUCACGAGAUUCUCACGUCCCCUGAGCAUGGUGUUGCUACGAUAUGGCUGGUUGCCACGCUCGGCUCCAAAUCCGUCACCAGGAAGGUGAACAAGAAGGCUAUACUGGAUGUGGACGUUCCUAGAGCUUGCAAUGUCAUUAUGAAGCCUGAAGCCCCAAUGGCACUGAGACUCCAGGGAAGCUUACUGUACGAGGUCCUGCUACAUGAGACAAGUGAUACCACUGACGAGAUGAUGACUAGAUACGGCGUAUCGAGGGUAUACAAUCAGCAGUGUGGCUAUACGCUUACCGAUGUCCAAGCGAUGCAUGACAAGAUGAGAGCGAUGCUGAGGUCCAUACCAGGAGGAGGAUUGGAUCCGAUGGCUGGAAAGGCUAGACCUGAGCAGCUUAUCCUCCCUUACGAUCCAUCCUUCAUGCCGGAGAUCAACAUACCUGGUCUGGGUAUCGACCUUUCACGAUUCAACAUCACAACUGAAGCGUCCUCGACCCAGCAGUCUAGUAUUGCCUGUGUGAGAACUCCUGAUAUCAGUCAAUCAGUUCUUUCACAGAAUGCACGUCUGCAACUAGACAUAUCGCCUGGGGGUUAUAUGCAAGACUUUGGGGGAUAUGCUUCUGGAACUGACAUGAGUGGCUCCGUUCAGAGAAUAGGCCAUUUCGGCAGGAUAUCAACUUUGGGACUUGGAGAAGAGGAAGGGGUGCUUCUUCAGCCUGAUUUUGAAUUCGACGAAGACGGUAAUAUAAUUGAACUCGAUGCAAAGCACCAAGAGAGAGAAAAUAGGGCAAGCCGACCGAUGAGUGAAUCACCCCUCACUGGUGAAGUAAGAGGGAGUGAGGACGACUUUUCUUGGGACCUUCAGCCGAUGCUAGUUGACGAAGACCCUGAAAUUGUCAUCCAAGAUGGAGGCGAUAAUUUUGCUACCAACACAAAGCCCACUAGACAGAACCCUACUUCUGAUUCUGAAUCUAUCGUCGAGGUUGAAAACGCUACAGAAAACAAUCAAGCCACCAUGCGUCAGAGGAGAAACAUCAAGUUCAUUGUCGCUGACAACCAAAUUGCACUUCGCAAUACCGAACUCGCCCAGCUGAACAAUGAAUACGUACGCAACAUGGCUGCUGCCUUCAAGCAGAAGCAACAAAACAAGAUACCAACCCAGGCAAAGAAGAAUGCCGUCUUUUGGGUCUUUGGCCAGGGAAUCGGCUCCGUGGGUGUUGGGAUGGGGGCUUCCCGUGCACCGCACCCUUUAAGUAUUUUCUCUGGAGAAGAACUUUAUGCUACUCUUCAUCCUGAAACACACAAAGGAAAGAAACGCAGUCACUUUUCUGAUGGCGAAAAUGACCCGGAAUCUGAGGGCCGACGAGUACGCCGCAGGGAAGACGAAGAAGACCAGGUCGGCCGCGGGCUUCUACAAGAUGACGAUGUCAUGCAGGAUGAUGUUGAAAUUGGGCGCCACGCCUCGUCAGCCCUCCGUGACGAUCACUCUUCUCUUAUGCCGUGGAACAUUACAGCUUCUAUCAAAAGUUCUCAACACGGAUCAUCUGCUGCAAAGGCAUUCCGUGGGUUUGGGAGUGUCAGUGAUCUCUCAUCCCGCGGGCUACCUGACUCUGUAGGCUACGGCCGUUCUCGUAGUCGUCUUACCAGUGCGAGUCCUCUCGCUGGUCGAGGAUUCCCGUACGAUCUAGAGGGACUCAGCAGCCUUUCGAUUCCUGGAAACGACGAUGACAUGGGCAUGUUUGGGGACCUGGACCUAAGCGAAUAUCUUCACACCGACGUUGAUCAAGACCACAAUGCAGAAGUUGGAAGCGGGACUGGCGGACCAGUGCUUAGGAAGCAAAGAGCUAUGAAAGACAAGCUUCUCAAAUCCAACGUGAACCAGGAAAGUCUCAACUUCCUCGAUUUCAUGACAACUCAAAUGGAAUCUCUUCCAGAAGAAAACGACACGCAAUCGAAUGGCCCCUCCACGCCACGUCGUCAGACCUCCUCUAGGCUUGACAAGAUCGCCUUGUCAGCCCUACUUCCACCUCGUACAACUAGUCGCCCUGUGGCUACGCAUGGUUUAAUGCACAUUCUGACUCUCGCCACCAAGGGAUUCCUGGACGUUUAUCAAGAACCUUACGAAGAUUUUAGCAGCAAAGAAAAUGGAGCUCAAUACCGUUAUGGUGAGAUCUUUGUACGCCUGUCGGGGAUGUAG